AAUGUCCCGUGGCAACUGACAAUGAAGCUAUGGAAGGUGGCGGCCCUGGUCUGUGUGCUCUGCAGCUCCAUGCUCUCCGUCUGGGUGUUCAGAGACCUGGCCAGCAGUGACCGAAGACUCGGACCUGGUGCUCGAGCCACGCUGCGUAGGCCUCCUCGGGCCUUGGACCCCCGCUGGCCCCUCAUCUCACAGUACCGAGCCCUGUUUGAGAGCUACACAGAGGGUGAGAUCCGGGAGCUCAUAUCUGCACUUGUGGAGAGGUCGAGCCCAUCGGGGCACUCUGGCGGGCACGCACUGCCCUUUCCGGGCCAGGCAGGGGCUCGGCGAAAGCGGGCCCGGGUCCGUCACCAGCCUUGUGGCUUGCGGGAAUUGGAGGUCAGCGUCAGUGAACUUGGCCUGGGCUACGUGUCAGAUGAGACCAUUCUUUUCCGAUACUGCAGCGGCACAUGUGAGGCAGCUGCAAGGAUCUAUGACCUCGGGCUGCGCCGAUUACGGCAGCAGCGCCGUGUACGCAAGGAGAAAAUACGGGCCAGACCCUGCUGCCGGCCCCUGGCCUACGAGGAGGAGGUGUCAUUCCUGGACUCCCGGAAUCGCUACCACACGGUCAGCGAACUGUCAGCCAAGGAGUGUGGGUGCGUGUGAGAGCCCCCAGGGUCUGCAUCGUCUACCUCACCUGGGGGCUGUGUGGUGCCACCUGCCUGGGGAAGGGUCAAGCUGACCCCUUUGCCUACUCCUCUCACCUCCCUCCCUCGCCACCCCACCAUGCUGAAGAUAUGGUAAUCCUGAACCCUGGCCACGGGUAACCUCCUCAGGAGGCCUGACCAGAUACCCUGAACCCCAUCCUCUGGACCCAGGGGGUCAAGAUGCCGACCAGGGCAAGGCAUGAGGGGCUCAAGGGGCCCUGAGACAGAGGACACAUGGGCUUGGCGUCCCAGGAACCGAAGGGCUCCUGCAAUUGGUGGUGCCCCUGCCAGGCCUGAUUGUAUAUACUUCAUUGAAUAACUAACUGACCUUGUACAGGAAAUUAUAUUCUAUAUAUGUGAA